GGUAGUUUAACGGAGUGUGCCUCUCAUCGUUCUCGCAUCUUUCACUGUGAAAUUAAUUAUCAUAUUAUUCUGAUCACUGGCCAUGACAAUGGUCACGUUCUCAAGUCGAGGGUCCCUGAAACUCGUUCGUGCAAUUUUAUUUAUAACGCUUUUGGUGCAGUACUUGAGACCAGCCCUUGGAUUCAUUUCAGGGGUUGGAGUUGGAGAUGCUAACAACAUCAGGUGUCCAGAAGGGGAGAGACAAGCACUCCUUGAAUUCAGAAAAGGCCUCAUUGAUGACUAUGGCAGGCUCUCUUCGUGGCGGGGCGAAGAUGAAAAUAAGAAUUGCUGCAAUUGGGAAGGAGUUCUCUGCAGUAACCAAACUGGUCAUGUACUCAAGCUUCAUCUUAGUGGUUCCCAAGAUGAUGGAAUGCAACCUUUUCGAGGGAUGGUUGCAUAGCGGUGCUGAAAGCGAAACGCUUAAUCCGCGUGAAGUACGUUGCUGCUACUGGGUGCUCACGUCAAAAUAAGUGUCACAACUUAACAUCUGUGUGGGAAUAGGUCUAUAUGCUUUGUUUUA